AUGUCCCAACGCAGGCGCUAUACAUCUCGUACCGACGAGGAGAUUCGCAAAGAGAUGGACCCCGGACACGUUCCAUAUCGUAUGGGCUGGCCGACACUUGCACCUCUGCCGAUGGACACCGACAUUGAUGCGAGAUGGAUGAUACCAGGCUCAUAUCAGAUACUGCAUGAUGUGCAAGAUAUUCUGAUAGCACAUGGCUUGCUCAGGGGGGCUUACGCGUUCUACUUUGCGUUCCGAGUUCCUCGGGAUGCUACUAAGGAGAACGACAAUAUAGAGCAUUUGACGCUCUUGAUACGGGUCGACAUGCUGAAGCACGCUCGUCAUGAGAUUGAAGAUGCUAUCAUCAGGAUUAGAGGCAGCUUCCGCGAAAAUUCCUGGACGGAGGAUGUACAGAUUGAAUGUAUAGACUAUCGAGCAAGGCACCCCUCUGGCAUUAUGUCUUUCCCCAUCCGCCAUGAUGAGCACAAUAUACACCAGCAAUGGGAAGCCAUUUCUCCAGAUGUUUUGUCUUUGUUGAGCAAGCAUGAAUGGCUUUCAGUAGAGAUUCUCCAUCGAGGAUUGAUCGACGAUCGCCAGGAGUGCUCACCAACAAUUGUCGUCACUACACCAACUGCGCGCGAUCCCAAAUGGUUCGAUAUCGUAGUACCUUCGAUUGUGGCUGAGAUUGCCAAGAGAGCUCCCGAAUUCGGCAUCGAAAUACUGUGUGGGAGAACGAUGCUGGGGGCAAAGAGGCGAAACAGCUUGACCGACAGCGUCAAUGGCUCAUCCUACGUCAAAAAGGCCGAUAUGGGAUCCUCUCUUGGAAUCUCGGGUGAUGAAACAGGUUGCAGUACUUUGGGUGGAUCUGUGACCCUGUCCGGCGGCAUUCGAUGCGGAAUAACGAGCUGGCACGGCGUCCGCGAUGCACGACUUGACAGCGUCGUCUCUAACACGGCCAACAAGGCUCUGGGUGUCAACGACAAGACCCUGGCCAACGUACCUCAACCCAUGGUAUCGCCAGCGACGCUCGACCAUCACGGCUACCUCAAAUUGCUGCAAAGACAGAUCACGCUUUACCAUACUUACGCUGCUAAUGGAGAUGUGGAAUGCAAGAUGUUGCACGAAAAGAAGGAUGAAGAGUACAAGAAAUGCGAAAGCUUCGACCGGCGUAUUGGCUACGUCUACGCAGGCUCAGGUCGCCGAACUAUCAAGGCCAACAAGUAUGCUUCAGAUCCCGACACCGGCCAAUCUAAAGACAAGAUGAAGGCGUUGCAGCCCAUUUUCGUCUUCCCACUCGACUGGGCGUUAAUUCGUAUGAACGACACGAAAAAACGCGACGUUACCAACAGUCUGCCUGAUGUUUACUCUACCAAGACGAAACUUGUCCCAACGCAGCGGUGCAGGCAAUGGUCAACCUUCAAUGUUAACAAAGAAGAAGUCCAUGUCGCCAAAUAUGGGCGCACGAGUGGCUGGACGGCCGGCACUAUUAACGCUUGUAUGAUCAUCAUCAAUCCUGAUGCAGACGAGGAAAUCUCGGGCGCUUAUGGCAUGGAUGCGAGAAAUGUGGCUGCAUGCUUCGGCGUGGUUAGCAGGGACGAGAGGAAGGACUUCGCUGAGUUUGGUGACAAUGGCAGUAUAGUAUUGCACGAAGGAUCAGGCACACAACUCGGUCUGCUCUUCGGAGUGACUGGUACUGGACAAGGAAUGUUUCUUCCUAUGGACGUCGUCUUUGCGGAUAUCAAGAGGGUCACUGGUAAAGACGUUGUUAAACCAUCGUACAUCGGUAAGUCGGGUUCCAUCACUGACGAGAUGAGAUCAAGCUAA